UCAGGAAAUUCAGCAAACACACACACACAUAUAUAUAUAAAUUGUCAUAGCUGAAGAAGGCCUUGAGAUUCAGGUCUGAGUGAAAAAUGGGAGUUGUUUUAGCAUACACAUUGGCUGUAGCCCUCUUCUGCAGUUUUGGUAACGCUCAGGUGACGUUAGUCCCCGCAAUUAUAACGUUCGGGGACUCAGUCGUGGACGUGGGGAACAACGACUACAUUCACACCAUAUUCAAGGCAAAUUAUCCACCUUAUGGCAGGGACUUCAAGAAUCAAGAAGCCACCGGCAGGUUCUGCAAUGGGAAAUUAGCCACGGACAUUACGGCUGAGAAUCUUGGAUUUACGAGCUAUCCGCCGGCUUAUCUUAGCCCUCAGGCAUCAGGGAAGAACCUUCUCCUAGGAAGCAACUUUGCUUCUGCUGGUGCUGGAUAUGAUGAACACACAUCCCUUCUAAGUCAUGUAAUUCCACUGUCGCAGCAGUUAGAGUACUACAAGGAGUACCAAGGAAAGCUGGCAAAGGUAGCAGGGAGUAAGAAGGCAGCAUCGAUUAUAAAGGACGCGUUGUACCUUGUUUCUGCUGGCAGCAGUGACUUUAUCCAGAAUUACUAUGUCAAUCCUUUCCUGAACAAAGCCUAUACUCCUGAUCAGUAUUCCUCGUACCUUGUCAGCAGUUUCACAAGCUUUGUCAAGAGUUUAUACGGGCUGGGAGCAAGGAGGAUUGGGGUGACUUCACUUCCACCGCUGGGUUGUCUCCCGGCUGCAAGAACGAUAUUCGGCUUCCAUGAAAGUGGCUGUGUCUCAAGGAUCAAUACUGAUGCUCAACAAUUCAACAAGAAGAUCAACUCGGCUGCAACACAGCUGCAGAAGCAGCUUCCAGACGUCAAGAUUGUUGUUUUUGAUGUCUUCAAGCCCCUCUAUGACCUCGUUGCAAAUCCUAAGAAAAAUGGCUUUACAGAGGCAACAAGAGGUUGUUGCGGAACAGGAACUGUGGAGACAACAUCGUUGUUGUGCAAUCCCAAGUCGUAUGGCACCUGCACCAAUGCAAGUCAGUAUGUGUUCUGGGACAGCGUGCAUCCCUCUCAGGCAGCUAACCAAAUUCUUGCUGAUAGCUUGAUAAUUCAAGGGAUCUCCCUCAUUGGUUGAUAACUGUAUUUGCUAUAAUUUCUAUCCGUGCAAUAGUAAAAGGUCUCAAGAGUGUUACUACUUUCGACUUUCUUUACUUCUUUGUUCUUCAUCUUGAAUCUCUCUUUUACAUUGUCCCUCGGGGAAAACCAGGUCAUGUACCAGUAAUUUGUAGUCCUAAUAAGGGCAACCACGUAUUGAAAUAGUCAAAAGUUUAUAUA